AUGGGCGACAGUUCAUCAAAGCCUUGGAUGUAUGACCAGGAAGACAUGACCACGCCAUCCACGCGCUACUCAAAGGAUUCCUUGACCUGCUCUCCAUGGAGCGAUGACUCUGACGUCACGCCCGUCUGGCGACCUUGUUCAGAAACGGACACGGUGAUUAUUUUUGACUGGGAUGACACACUGCUCUGCAGCUCCGCGAUCAACGCGCAACAAUGGCGCCAAGAUCAGUUGGAGCAACUGGAGUCGAUGGUGGAGUCAAUCUUGGAGACAGCUAUGCAGCUGGGAGAGACGAUGAUCGUGACCAACGGCAAUUCCUCCUGGGUGCAGGACAGUGCCCGGCGAUUCUUGCCAAACCUGAGCAAGAUUCUGAGUCGGGUGAAGGUCAUGUCAGCGCGUGCGGUCUAUGAGCAGUCCUUUCCUGGAGAUCCUUUUGCUUGGAAGCGGCAGGCCUUUAAAGAGAUUUUGGCUCGUCGACGUCAGGAAGGCUACCACCCUGACGGCGUGAAUUUGAUCGUGCUGGGCGACUCCCCCGCGGAGAUCCAGGCGGCCAAGUCGGCCACCAAGGUGCUGAACGGAAGGUCGGUCAUCAAGACCGUGAAAUUCAAGGAGGCCCCAUCUGUCAACGAGUUGUUGGGCCAACUUCGGCGUGUCGGAAAACCUGAGGAGAAGUUAGAAGAGAUUUGGCUCUGUCAAAACAGCAGGUAUACCUGGAAAAAGAUGAUUUAUGUGGUCCAAGAGCUCUCGACCAUUGUGCAGGAGGAUCGCAGCCUCAGUCGCGGUCUGGUGCAGCGCACCUUUCCGGUGCGGAAGAGGGGAAGACGGGAAGAAGCGGGCCGCGGUGUUUUCCAGAUUUGCCAGCGACAAAUUGGAUCUUUGGUGAUUUUUGAUGUUUUUUUUACAUGA